AUGGCGCCACCCGGCGAACCUAGGAAACCGGACAUUUCCGCUGCAGCCAAAGAGCGUAACGAAUACAUUCCUUCCUUCAUCUCCAAGAAGCCAUUCUAUGCUAUCGAUGAGCACGGCAAUGACAAUGGCGACGAUUACCUGGAACAUCAGCGUUUGCAGAAGCAGGAGCAAGAUUCGACCUGGUAUGAUCGCGGGAGAAAACUUGGGCCGGCGGCCACCAAGUACCGCAAAGGCGCCUGUGAGAACUGCGGAGCCAUGACCCACAAGAAGAAGGAUUGCCUCAGUAGACCACGCAAAGCAGGCGCAAAGUUCACUGGCAAGCGAAUCGAGGCGGACGAAGUCGUUCAAGACGUUCAGCAAAGCUGGGAUGCGAAGCGAGAUCGAUGGAACGGUUACGAUGCAUCUGACUUCAGCCAAGUCAUAGAAGAAUACAACGAGCUGGAAGAGCUACGUAAGAAGACGAAGAAGAAGGCCACAGAUGGCGAUGAGAACUCCGGGGAUGAGGAGGACGAGGGCGACAAGUAUGAUGCCGAGACAGAUAUGGGGAGGAAACAGGCAACAUCCACAAGGAACCUGCGAUUACGGGAAGACACCGCAAAGUACCUGCUGAACCUCGACCUGGACUCGGCGAAAUACGACCCCAAGACACGAUCGAUGGUAGACAGCGGCGCAACCUCGGACAAAGCAGCACAGCUGGUGGCAGAAGAUGGGUUCAUGCGUGCGUCUGGCGAUGCUGCAGAGUUUGAGAGGGCGCAGCGCUAUGCCUGGGAGACGCAAGAGCGUGGAGACAAGAACAAACUACAUUUGCAGGCAAACCCCACGUCCGGCGAAGUCAUGCGGAAGAAGGAAUUAGCGGAAGCAGAGGAGCAGAGGAAGGCAAAGGCAAAGAUCCUCGCGGAGAAGUACGGCACACAGGAGAAAUUUACCGACGAGACUAUACGCAAGAUUGCCGUUACCGAAAACGAGAAAUAUGUCGAGUACGACGAGCUAGGAGGCAUAAAGGGUGCACCAAAAGUCAAAGCCAAGUCCAAGUACGCCGAGGACAUCUUCCCCGGAAACCACACAUCAGUCUGGGGCAGUUGGUGGGCAGAUUUCCAAUGGGGUUUUGCAUGCUGUCACUCUACGGUCAAGAACUCUUAUUGUACAGGCGAGGCUGGCAGGGAGGCUUUCGAGAAAGCCGAACAGAUGCGUACUGGCGCCGACUUGGAGGAAGUGCCCAGAGCCAUUGCAUGGAAAGAAGAAGAAGCUCUCGAAGAGCACGUGCCUAACGCCCCAGAGAGGGACCAGAAAGCGAAGCAGGAUUCGGCCAGUCGCAAGCGGACCAUGGCUGAAAUGACCAACGACGUCAACGAGGAGGAGAUGGAGGAGUACAGACGGAAGCGCACAAUGGCAGCAGACCCCAUGGCUGCCUAUCUCAAGGGAGAUGUGGCCGAUGCAGUAUGA